AUGAAAGCCAGCAUCCACGUCGAUUAUCUAUCACACGAUUGGUCACCCACCGAUGUGAUUCGAGCCCAUAUUCAGACUCGAAAACAAAUACGAUCCACCUUAGACAAGCUGCGUUCAGAUCCAUCUAAUCGAGCGGUACGCCUUGAACAUCAACGUUUGGUACGCUUCCAAAAUGCUCUUUGGCGACAAAUGUCAAGGACAUGUACAUGUCGUCUUGGAAGAGAUAAUGCAUUAAUUGACCCAUCCACAGUAAACUGGCAAAAGGAAUCGGAUAUCACAUGGUUAUACGGACCAUUGUACACACCUGAAAAUGAGCCACAACAACAAACUUUUCCUUGCCCAACAUCAUCAUCAUCAACAUCAACAUCCACACCCAACUACCACCCACCUCAUGGUUUGAAGCCUGCCCUGAAAAAACAAAACACUGCAAUUUAUCUACGACGAGGGGCUGAUGACCGGAUACCUUCAUUUUCAUCCAUAUCAUCUACAAGCAGCAGCCUCUUCCAAUCCUCCUUACCGCCCACCCCACCUUCAGCAUCUCAAAGCACAAGUGUACGCUUCAGCCCUGAAUCUACCAAAGUACAAUACUUUGAACCAGAAUCACCUGUACAAGAAUCCUUGGAAUAUGAGCAUGGUGAUGGUAUGGUACCAAGUGGCUGGAAUCCAUAUUGGCCCAUCUAUGAUGAACAAGAAGACUGCCGGUCAAGGUACUACUACUAUUACGCCGAUAGCAACUACUACUACGAUGAACAAGAGGAUGAUGAUGCCUUAUGGGAAUCCAUGGUUAGCGUUGUUGGGCAUGUAAAGUCGUUUUUCUCAAGCUGGCUUCCUCCACGAUUAUGGAAAUCAUCAUCAUCCCCUUCACGAACAACACGUCAAAAUGCAUCGUUGGAUCUCAUGGUGACGCUCAUGUCUGUAACAAAAUCAGUUGCAUCAUUGGUGGCAACAUGGCUCAUGUACCAAGGCAUGCUAAGGCUCGUUCGUAGGCCAAGCAGUAUUCGACAAGCACCUACCAAACGAGAAAAUACCAUCACUUGGCAAACAUUUGCAUCAUCAUCAUAA